UGCACUCUUCACCAUGUACCUACACUGGCUACUGUUGGUUCUUGCCUCAGUUGGGUGGGUGUCUAAUGCUGAAAACUGCAGUUUUGCUGAUUAUUCUUCAGCUUACAAGAACAUUUUCGAACACCUUGGCCUCGACAAGAACAACAUUCUGAUGCCAGACAUACGGCCUUUAUACUGGAGCCAUACUACCGAUGUUUAUGUGGACCUAUAUGUGACCUCCAUCAUAGAUGUGAAUGAAAAAGAUCAGAGCAUCACAACACAGGUCAAAAUGAUAACUUUUCAGUUAAAUGGCCUGUUCUGGUGGUUCGAAGACUUUUGUGGAAUUCAAACAAUUGCAGUAAAAAAAGAUAUGCUUUGGACGCCAGACAUUCUUAUCAAAGAAAGCAUCAAGACAGAGUUUGGAACAAAGCAGUCUCCAUAUGUGCAGUUAAACUUUUGGGGAAUGUCAGUUUCAGUUGAUAUUUUAGCACUGACCACUGCUUGUAAGAUGGACCUGUACAGAUUUCCCUUUGACACCCAAAUCUGCAACAUAACACUUCACUCUGCAGUGUAUACAAAGGAGGAGCUUACCAUUAAUCCAUUCUCUAAUAAUAAAAGCCUUUCCCAAGAGUCAAAGGAGUUAUUUCAGGCCCAGGGAGAGUGGGAACUCCUCAGUAUAGAUAUUUCUGAUUAUACAUCCAACUUUCUAUGGAAUUCACAGGAUCUGCUGAUAUAUCAGAUCACCAUCAAGAGGAGACCUCUACUGUAUGUCAUGAACAUUAUCCUACCAGUAUUUGUAUUCCUUGUGCUGGAUGUGAUGUCCUUCUUCAUAGAUGCAAGUGGAACAGAAAAGCUGAGCUUUAAAGUGACUUUACUGCUGUCUGUUUCUGUGUUGCUGCUGAUUCUUAAUGACACGCUGCCCUCUACAUCUGACAAACUCCCACUGAUUGGGAUUUACUGCAGUGCGAUUUUCAGUCUCAUUGGCAUCAGCAUUCUGGAGACCAUCCUUGUGAAUCUUUUGAAGGCUAAAGGAGCAGAGAAGAGAUCAGUGGAAACAACAGCUGCUAUUACUGGACAAGAUAAUGUAGAAGACCUGCAGAGCCCUCCAGACUCAGUUAGAGAUCAGGAUGGGAUGCAGAGAUCACUGUGUUGGACCAGAGUGGCAAGAAUCAUAGAUGUGACUUUCUUGGUUCUUUACAUAAUAACCGUUAUUGUGUUUCUGUCUGUUCUCAAGAGGACUUGGUUUCCAUAGUGAUGUCUUAUACAUGAGAUGGCACACAAUGAAAACAUUAUUUAUUAUUAAUAAAAAACUAUUAUUUAGACAUUAUAAUCACUGCAAAAAAAAAACUAAAAUUAUAUUUGUAACAGUAGCAAUAGCAGUAGUUUUACCACUUAUUUUACAGAUUUUCUUGUAUUUCUGAAAUAUUGAAAAUAUUAAUAAAACUGUGUGGUUAGGGUUAGGGUUAGAAUUAGGGUUUGGCUUAGGGUUAAUUGCAUGUAAUUUAGCAUAAUUUAAUUAUAUUAUAAUAGUAAGUACAUGU